CAGGGUGGCGGUGGACAAUAUCCAUACCCAAAGGAAGUCUGGUCGCCAGCUGGUGGCUGGUGGACACGCCCUUCGAACUGGAAGUCGAAUACCGCUAUUGUGUUUGGUGGGAUUUUGGCCAUCACAUAUGGCGUUUGGCAGCUUAGUGCUUCGAGAGAGUGGAGGCAUUCCCCGCCUUCUAGGCCGAUUCCGUCUAUGUUGUGGGCUAAACAAUAUCAGGGGCAACAA